AUGAGUUCACAAAUAGAGGCAGCCGACGACGACAUAGUCACCCCGGCUGACACUACAGACCAGCAACACGGUCCCAUCCCUGCUCUCCUCCGUCUUCCCAAUGAACUACUCCUCGCAGCCACGAGUUUCCUCGAGCCAGAGUCCCAGCUCCUCCUCGGUCUCUCGUGCCAACAACUCCACGGUCUCAUCAACUCCAACUUUGACUUGACGCUCGACGACAAAGCCGAAAAGAUACGGUUCCUGCAGCUUCUGGAGCGCGACCACCCGGAGUACCUGACAUGCCGAUCCUGUGCGAAGCUAUUUGUCUGGCGUUGGAGGAAACCCUUCGGCUACGCCUGCCCACAUUCAGACCGCCACUCAGACGAGGAUACACGUCUAUCACAUCCCCAGACCAUCAGAGCGGGAGAUAAUCGUGCCAUAGAAAUCACGCGCGAGGUGGUCGACUUGGCCUUGCGAGCUGACGGCCUACCGAUCAAUUUCUUCAAGAUGAGCGGGGUUGGUCGGUCCGGUGUCUUCCAAAAGACCGCGGCGCGACUGAUAGAUGGUCAACUCUUCGUGGCUACUCGACUGGAGGUAGGAAUGGUGCCCAGCAAAAAAAUUGAGGUAGGAAUGAUGCCCAGCAAAAACAUUGCGGACAUAAUGAUCUUGUUGGGCAGAAACUCGUGUCACCAUCCAGACACUGCUCGUCGAGUGGAAGAAGGCUUUAGAAAUGCCGUCAGGACCAAGCUGACACUCGAAAUCGUAUACAAAUGUGACUUCUGCGAGACGGACCACCAUUUGCGUCUGAUCGAGAGGAAAAGUGGCAUGAAAGUCGUCCUUCAGGUCUUGAGAAACUAUGGUCGCAGACAGGAGACGAGACCACUGGUUGACCAGAUCUUUCAUCGAGCUCCAGUGUCCAAACGUUCUUUGGGAGAAAAGUGGGAGACGCUCUACGACGCACUUGGUGAGACAUAUUGUGAGGACUUUGUGUUGUGGCUUGGUGAUGGAGAGUUUCGUGGAGCAUUGUCCGAUAAAGGGGUCUACAAGGGUCCAGGUAGAGCCCAAGCCACCAUCACCACUGUCGCCGCCCUUGCCGAGGAAUGCAUCUCCUCCUCCCACGACCAAGCCAUCGCCUUGGCCCAAGUCGGCGACCACCGAGCGGCGGAGGAGCUGUACCGACGCGCUCUCCGCCUGAGCAGGAAUCUCCUGGGCCACCGCCACCGAGCCACCCUAACCAGCAUGAACAACCUGGCCACAUCGCUCAGCAAGCAGGGGAAACUGCGAGAGGGCGAACGGCUGCACCGCGAGGAGCUGGAGCUGACGGUCGACCUCCUGGGCGAGCACCACCCGGAUACGUGGACCAGCAUGGGUAAUCUGGCGGCCGUGCUGGUGGACCGGGAAAAGUACGGCGAGGCGAAGCGGGUGAUGGGCCGGGUCGUCCAGAUCAAGAGGGAAGAGCUGGGGGAGGAUGAUCCGUCGACGCUGUCCAGUCUCGAGAUUUUGGAGUGGCUUUUGGAGAAUCGGUGA